GACCCGAUCCCGAUAUUUCGCGACGUCGAGGCCACCAAUCCUAAACAUGAGGGCGAUGCUUGCCAUCUGCCAUCGACUUGCGGAAGCCCUUCUCGCCUCAUUCAAGCUAAUGCGCUCCCGACGCCAUCACAAGGCGGAGGUCAAUGCGGCUGUGAUGGCCUCGUCAAGACGGGCGCUACACAUCGUGCCUAUGAAUAGGAACGCCAUGGUCUUGCUUGGCCAUGCGCUAGAUUCACACUAGAUCAGACAUGAACAUUGCUCGAAAAUCGCGGAUCCGAGCUGAAGAACUCCACGGCAAAGCGAAGGAAUAAUUAAGAUAAAGAAGGAAACUUCGCUCUUUCCAGGCUCUGUCGAUUUCAUAUCUGCGCCAUCAAUCCAUCAGUCCUGAACGAUUUGUCCCAGACAAGCCCAUCUUGCAUCUCUCCAACAACACCCAGCAGAUCCACAAACAAGACACCCACAAUGCUGUCCUCACAAUUCACCCUCGCGUCCCUGCUCGCUGCAAGCUCUCUCGUCGCCGCCUCAGCCCCGGAGGCCCUCCACCAGCUCGUAUCUCGCCAGAGCUCCAGCGGCAGCGCCAACACCUGCACAAGCGGUCUGACCAGCGGGUGUUUCAGCAGCAGCUCGACCGAAAGCGGCUGCCGCAGCGCCAUCUGCAGCGCGAGCUGCCUCGACUUCGUGCCGGGAUUAUCAACCUGCUGCAACGCCAACAGCGACAUCCAGACCUUCAGCGACUGCGCGUUGGACAUCAUCGGCGACGGCAGCAUCACCAGCCCGGGCGCAUCCACGGCGACGACGACCUCAUCUUCGCGCAGCAUCCGGACUAGUACCGCCGCUGCCACCACCUCCGCCACCUCGUCGCGAGCGGGUUUCACAAGCACAUACAACCAGUCUGAUUCUACGACUGCUCCGGGAACCACCAUUCUCGGCGGAGCCGGCACCACCACCGCUUCGACUGCUGGCCCGACCAACUCGGCGAAUACUUCCCCUGCAGGCACCGUCAUCGUCAGCGUGCAGACAAAUGCACAAGGUCAGCCCACGAACACCGUGACCAAGACUGGCGGUGUCGAGCGCAUCGUUCCCGGAGCGGGACAGUUGGGUGUUGCCGGGUCCAUGUUUGCUUGGGCUCUUUCGCUUUUGCUCCUGUAGAUGCCCACCCGAAAAGAAGGCACAUGCGCCUAUGAUAAUUAGUAAUUUUCGUCAAGUUUAGGACUUAUCACCAAGGAUCCAUUUUUGCCUCUCUUCCCCUCCAGCGGAGCACUCCUGGUGUUUCCCGCUCUUUCCUGACAUUAUGCGCAUUGAGGAGACAGGACAAUGAAUACCAGAAUAGAAAUACAGUGUCGUGAUGAAUGUUGUUGUCGUCUUUUCAACCUUCCCGUAUGGCGUUCGGUCGGACGUAG